UGCAGGAGGGCACCCCAAGCCCGCCAGGUCCGCCCAACCCAGCCCCUGCGCGCAGCCCGGGCCGAGUAGGACCCCGCGCGCCCCUCGCCAUGGCGGCGCCCUCGCGGCUCCUGAUCCGCGGGGGUCGCGUGGUCAACGAUGACUUCUCGGAGGUGGCCGACGUGCUGGUGGAGGACGGCGUGGUGCGGGCACUCGGGCACGACCUGCUGCCUCUCGGGGGCGCUCCUGCGGGGCUGCGGGUCCUCGACGCCGCCGGCAAGCUCGUCCUGCCCGGAGGCAUCGACACACACACGCACAUGCAGUUCCCCUUCAUGGGCUCGCGGUCCAUCGACGACUUCCACCAGGGCACCAAGGCUGCUCUCGCAGGAGGCACCACCAUGAUUAUUGAUUUUGCCAUUCCUCAGAAAGGUGGCUCCCUCAUUGAGGCCUUCGAGACCUGGCGAAGCUGGGCUGAUCCCAAAGUUUGCUGCGACUACAGCCUUCAUGUGGCAGUGACGUGGUGGAGUGACCAGGUUAAAGAAGAAAUGAAAAUCCUUGUGCAAGAUAAAGGUGUUAACUCUUUCAAGAUGUUUAUGGCCUAUAAAGAUCUGUACAUGGUGACAGACCUGGAGCUGUACGAAGCCUUCUCUCGGUGCAAGGAAAUUGGAGCAAUUGCCCAGGUCCAUGCAGAAAAUGGAGACUUAAUUGCAGAGGGAGCAAAGAAGAUGUUGGCUCUGGGGAUAACAGGCCCUGAGGGCCACGAGCUGUGCCGCCCAGAGGCAGUGGAGGCAGAGGCCACGCUGAGAGCCAUCACCAUAGCCAGCGCUGUGAACUGUCCUCUCUACAUUGUGCAUGUGAUGAGCAAGUCUGCAGCUAAGGUGAUAGCGGAUGCAAGGAGAGACGGGAAGGUGGUCUAUGGUGAACCCAUAGCAGCCAGUCUUGGCACAGAUGGCACUCACUACUGGAAUAAAGAAUGGCACCAUGCAGCCCACCAUGUCAUGGGUCCACCUUUGCGACCAGACCCCUCAACACCCGACUUCCUCAUGAAUCUGUUGGCUAAUGAUGAUCUAACCACAACAGGGACUGAUAACUGCACUUUCAACACCUGCCAGAAAGCUCUUGGGAAGGAUGAUUUUACCAAGAUCCCCAAUGGGGUGAAUGGUGUUGAAGAUCGGAUGUCCGUAAUAUGGGAAAAAGGCGUGCAUAGUGGUAAAAUGGAUGAAAACAGAUUUGUGGCAGUUACCAGCACAAAUGCAGCCAAAAUUUUUAAUCUCUAUCCAAGAAAAGGAAGAAUAGCUGUAGGAUCAGAUGCUGACAUUGUUAUUUGGGACCCAAAAGGCACAAGUUACAGAAUGUGGGAAAAAGGAGAGAAGGGGGCUGUUGAAGAGGAGGCUUCAUAGAAUAAUGAAUCUGGAAGAAUUCAAGGAGAAAGCGUGUUUGUUGUGGUUCACGUUAAAAGAGAGAGAUCGUUGCAGCAACUGUAUGCUGAGCCCUUAUCUGGGUCGAUCACAGCACCAGCUUUCUCUAUUCUUGGCCUGGUUGUUAUGAGAAAGUUGCUCAUCUGGGCUGGCUGUUCCCGACCAAAAUUUAUGCUGAUGACCUCAACUAGGACCUUUCUGAAGUGCAAUAAUAUUUUUAGCCUUUUCUAACUGUCCAUGAAUCAUCCAUAGCUUUCCACUGUCCUUAGACACUACCCCUACCAUUGUCACUGUCUGCCUCUUCUCACCUUGCAGCCCGAGUUCUACUGAAUCCAGCAAACCCACUUACAAUCCUGUACCACAAUCUGUCUUCCUUUUCUUUCUCAUUAAUAUUCUUGAGGUCUAGUUCCAUUUUUUAAAAUAAAUGUUUUAUUUUAGAAUAUUUUAGAUUUACAGAAAAGUUGCAAAGAUAGUACAAGACACUCCUAUGUACCCCAGAGCUGGUUGCCACUAUUAUUAUCUUACAUUAGUAUGGUACACUUGUCACAAUUAAUGAUCCAAUAUUGAUAUGUUAUUAUUAACUAGAAUCCAUGCUUUAUCAUAUUUCCUUAGUUUUUGCCUGUUUUUUCCCUUCCGGGAUUUAAUAUUACAUUUAAUGGUCAUGUGUCCUUAGGCUCCCCUGACUUGUGACAAUUUCUCUGACUCUGUUUUUGAUGACCAUGACAGUUUUGAGGAAUAUCGAUCAGGUAUUUUGUAGAAUGGCCUCUGUUGUGAUUUUCCUGAUGUUUUUCUCAUUAUAAGGUUCGGGUUGUGGGUUUGCGGGAGGAAGAUCACAGAAGUAAAGAACCAUUUUCAUCACAUUGUAUCAAAAGACAUACUGUGAGCACGACUUACCACUACUGGUGUUGACCUGGAUGAACUGGCUGAGGUCGUACACGCCAAGUUUCUCCACCAUACAGCUGUUUUGCCCACCCCUUUCCAUGUUGUAUUUUCUGGAAGGAAGUCACCAUGUACAGCCCAUACUUAAGGAGUGAGGAGUUAUGCUCUCGAUUUUUGUUUUAAUUGAUCCUAUUUGACGUAGGCCAGUUCGGUUCAGCAUAGAGAAGAAUCACAAUAAAUGAUGAACAGGUGAGUGAGAAGGAUGCAGCCUUCCACACUGCAUGGAAGAUUGGCGGGACUAAGAAACAGCAUAAAGGAAAAUUAGAAAGAUAUUAUUCAGCACUGGCUAUGGUGAGAGGAAAAGUAAGAAUAGCAUCUUUCCAUUUCAUGCUUUUUACUUACUGCAUGUGAUCAAUAAAUGACUGUGUUAGAAGAAUGAAUGGAUAAAGAUGAAUUUAAGUAGAAAAGAUUUUCCAAGGAGAGGAGGAAGAACUGUCUCGCUGGUCUUAUUUUCUUUAAGUGCCCCUUCAUUUUUUAGGUUGGGAGCAACGAGUUUGUUAAGCAGAGCUCUUAGAGAGAUGAAGUGAAGCCAAAAGAGUCACCUUUGUGUGUUCCUUCAUUCACAAAUUCACUCUGCACAGGAGCACCUCGGCAAGCUGCAGGCUGAGGGUCAAGCUUAUACAAUAGCCACACCCUGCCUUUAAGAAGCUGACAGUCCAGGAGAGGAGAGGAGAGGAGAUGUAAAGUCAAAUAUUCUCAGCCUAAGAAGGGAUGGGUUAAGAA